GAAGAAGAAGAAGGCACCUCAGCUGAGGAAAAUGGCCGACGUUGAGAUGGACAUCGCGUCCACAAGAAUGAAUAAUGGCAACGAACACGUGAAGCAGGAUCUGGAGAGCCACGUAAGAAGUGGAAAUGAGGACAGUGGAGACGUGUCGGAGGAAGAAGAGGGGGAAGAGGAAGAGCAGGUGGAGGCUAAUGGUGAGAAGACAGAAGAUGGGCCAAAACAUCACAGCAGCAGCGGUAAACACAAGAGGAAAAAACACAAGCAUCGCAGUAAGCACAAAAAACACAAGCAUGCCUCUGACGAGGACAAGGACCGCAAACGCAAGCAUCGCCACAAACACAGGAAACACAAACGCAAAGAGGUCGCGUCUCCCUCUGCUGCCACCCUCUUUGCCUCCUCCGGCCACAAAAAAGUUGAGUCCUCUCCCUCCUCUGGAAAUCCAAGUCUGGACGACCGGGCCCUGCUGGAGGAUCUGGAGAAGCGGAGGGCCAUGAUCAAAGCUGAGCUGGACAGCCAGUUGAUGGAGGGCAAGGUCCAGUCGGGAAUGGGCCUCAUCCUCCAGGGUUACAACUCUGGAUCUGAAGAGGAUGCAGAAGGUCGGAUCAGAAAUGGAGAACAACGUCAAAGGGGAAGCUCAGGUAAACCCAUAUCACCCAGAGGGGGGAAAGGAGGGAAAUCUAGACGGGACUCAACAGACGUUAAGUCCAGCUCCAAGCGUCGCAGUCGGAGUAAGUCGGCGGAGAGGCUGGGACAGGCCAAGGAGUCUAAGCAGGACAAGGUGACCAAAACCACCAAGGACACAGCCGUUAAAGACAGAGGCCGCGGCAGAAGCCGGUCGAAAGACAGAAAGCAUUCGGACAGCAUGGAUAGGUCCAAGGAGGGAGCCGGGAAGUCCAACUCCCCCACCACCUGGAGAGGAGAGCAGAAAGGCGGCCGCGCUGAUAAACGUUCCUCCCCGCAGCGGGACGACAGACCAAACCAGGAGAGAGCGCCCCGGCGGUCCAGAUCACCUGGACGAGAACGACCAGGUCGCUCAGAUGCCGACAAACGGCCCACCAAGUCCCCGUCCAAGGACGCGUCGUCGGGGAAGGAGAACCGCUCCCCUCACAGACGAGGGCCUCACAGCCCCAUGAGGAAACGCAGCGCUUCCCCUCGUCACAGAGAUGUCCACCACCCCCCGGCUACUGCCGUGGACAGGACAUCGAAACCGAGCUACUCUCCGUCCAAAACAAGGUCUCCCCCCAGGAGACCCCGCAGCCGCUCACCAGACCCCAGGAGGAGGGAUGCUGACAGGCAGGACUCGCCGAUGAGGAAGCGUCUCCGGCCAGAUGCAGGGCCGGGCAGAGACUGGUCCCGCGAGAACAGUCCCAGAAUGGCCGCUCGCCGCAGGAUGAGUCGCUCGCCUUUAAGACGGAGGUCACCAAUGUCACCACGGCGGCGCUCCCGGUCUUCCCCCCGCAGACGGAGCCGGUCUCCAUUGGGACACAGGUCUGGAGAGAGAGACCGGUACGGAAGACUCCGACAGUACCGGCGCUCAAUGUCCCGCGACCGGGGGAGAAGAAGAAGACGCAGCAGAGACGAGGACAAGUUUAAGGGUAGCCUUUCAGAGGGGAUGAAAGUCGACAAGGAAUCCUCGGGGGAAGAAGUGUUGGAGGACUUUGAUGGAGAGGAGGUAGAUGAAGAAGCUCUCAUCGAACAGCGCCGGCAGCAACGUUUGGCCAUCGUCCAGAAAUAUAAGCCUGUGAGCGACGACACCAACAUGGGGUCGGAGCCCAGCAGCCCUCAGAGCAGCACACGCAGCCGCUCGCCCUCACCCGACGACAUCCUGGAGCGAGUCGCCGCAGACGUCAAGGAGUACGAACGCGAGAACCUCAACACCUUUGAGGCCAGCAUCAAAGCCAAGCACAACCUCAUCGCCCAGGAGAAAGACGGAGCCAACCCAAAGAAGCCUUCAGCCCCCGACAUGUUUACGGAGUCAGACGACAUGUUCGCUGCUGACUUUGAUAAUGCCCGGAUGAGAGCAGCGGGUGUAGGGAAGGACUUCAAGGAGAACCCCAACCUCAGGGACAACUGGACCGAUGCUGAGGGCUACUACCGGGUGAACAUCGGGGAGACACUAGACAAGCGCUAUGAUGUUUAUGGCUACACGGGCCACGGUGUCUUCAGCAACGUGAUCAGAGCCAGGGACACUGCCAGGGCCGGCCAGGAGGUGGCAGUCAAGAUCAUCCGCAACAACGAGCUCAUGCAGAAGACCGGAUUGAAAGAGUUAGAAUUCCUCAAGAAGCUGAAUGAUGCCGAUCCCGAUGACAAGUUCCACUGCCUUCGCCUCUUCAGGCACUUCUACCACAAGCAGCAUCUUUGUCUGGUAUUUGAGCCUCUCAGCAUGAAUCUGCGGGAGGUCUUGAAGAAGUACGGUAAAGACGUCGGGCUCCACAUCAAGGCUGUGCGUUCCUACAGUCAGCAGCUAUUCUUGGCCCUGAAGCUGCUGAAGCGGUGCAACAUACUCCACGCUGAUAUCAAGCCCGACAACAUCCUGGUGAAUGAGUCAAAGACUAUUCUGAAGCUUUGUGACUUUGGUUCUGCGUCCCACGUCGCUGACAACGACAUCACACCGUACCUGGUCAGCAGGUUCUACAGAGCUCCAGAGAUCAUCAUAGGGAAGCCGUACGACUAUGGGAUCGACAUGUGGUCCGUUGGCAGCACUUUAUACGAGCUUUACACUGGCAAAAUCCUGUUUCCCGGAUCCUCAAACAAUCAGAUGAUCAAGCUAGCAAUGGACCUCAAGGGCAAGAUGCCCAACAAGAUGAUCCGUAAAGGCCUCUUCAAAGACCAGCACUUCGAUCAGAAUUUGAACUUCCUGUACAUUGAAGUAGACAAAGUGACAGAAAGGGAGAAGGUGACGCUGAUGAGCACCAUCAACCCCACCAAAGACCUGCUGAUAGACAUGAUCGGGGGCCAGCGGCUGCCCGAGGACCAGAGGAAGAAGGUGAUGAUGCUGAAGGACCUGCUGGAUGGCACCCUGAUGCUGGACCCAGCCAAACGCAUCAGCAUCAACCAGGCUCUGCAGCACCCCUUUAUCCAGGAAAAGAUCUGACCCCCUGAACGCCACGCACUCUCAGAGCAGACACAGAACCAACCACUAAAGCAGCUCUGACCGGACCUGACUCUGCAGCGAUGCAGCCAACCCACAGACAGGAUUUUUAUUUUUCUCCCUCAACUUUAUUUUGUUUAUGGAUUCCUAAUUGUUUUAUUGUAAAUAGCUCAUUGAAAAAUGGUAGCCAUUCUUUAAGACAUUGAUUUUGCGAUUCAUCAUUGUAACACCCCCCCCCCCCCCCCCCAGCCCCUCAUACCCGGCAAAUGCAGUUAUGGACUUUUUAUUUUUUUUGGUUUAAUAACUGCCAUUGGAGUGACGGAUAUUUAAUAGAAAAAUAUAAUUCCUGUAAAUACUGUAUGUCAAUCACAGUAAGCAUCUCAAGCAGCAGACAGUUGAGUCUCGUCGUAGUUGCAGAAGACUAAAGUACAUCGGUUCUUUCUUUUCUUUAACCACAAUUGUCAUUGUGGGGCGAUGCAUGCUUUUGAAUGUGCACCCUUUGUGCUCUAGAUUUCUGUGGUGCAGAACUGUGUAAAUGCUCUGUGUGUCUCCCCCACCCCCCAUUUCUAACCAAGUCUUCAGGCCUUGGGGUCUGAAUUGAAGGAAUAGAUGCAUAUUAUGUACUCCUUGAAACCAGAUAUUUCUUUGUCAUUGUUUUCUGUUGCUGGACAUUUCCAUGUUUUUUACCUUCCUCCCCCUCCAGCACUCUGGCUCGGUCCUGGCUCUUAAGGCUCUCACAUUCAAGUGCCUCCUGUAUGAGCCUAGUGUGUUCCACCACCAACGAUGUGGGCCUGUUGAAAGCCACACCUGUAACCCUCCUCUCCCAUUGUUGUAUAUAGUCCAUAGUUACUGUCAUUUCAUCUGUGGUUAAUUAUUGUUUUUUUGUUUUUUUUCCAUUAAGUGGUAAAGAAUUUGUGAUUUCAAUAAAGAAUAGUUGUGGAAACGCUGCUGAAAGAA